AAGGCUGAGAGAAGCCCUGGAAGCUGUCAGAGAGGAGCCAUGGACACUGUCUCUGAACCGGACCCUGGACUCACUAUGGAACCUGAGGACAAGUCUUUGGACCCGAGGAAGACCAGCCACAGAAGAUUUGCCCUAAAGUCCUGCAACAUUGUCUUGCUGAUAUUCGGACUGCUGAGUAUUCUCUUAAUCUCCCUGCAGUUCAGUUCAGUGAUGCCCACGGAGGAGGAGGAGGAGGCCCCCAGCAUCACAGAGUUCCACUCCUCUACCCACGUGUUGCCCGUGGGCCAAACGGCCCGCUAUACCUGCCAUGCCGGCGGCACGCCGGAGCCCACAGUAGAGUGGCUCCACAACGGCAGGCCCCUGGAGAGGAACAGCACAGUCAACCAAUCAGAGGCCUGGGUGGAGAGGGGCUUCCUCUUCGUCAGAGGUGGGAGGUACGGCGUGAACACGGUCUGCUGCAUGGCGAGCAACAGCGCUGGCACGGCCAAUCACAGCGCUGAGCUGCUUGUCUUUGGUACUGCCGAUUGUGUCGUUGCCGACUGCUGUUUUUGCCACCCGUUGUUUACCACCAAAGCUGCCCAACGGUCCUGGGCUAGCCUGGAGGAUAGCGGCGAAGACGCUAAUGACCACUCCUUUUGAACGUGAUCCGGCUGUCUGUUGACUUGUCCUUGUGUGUUUCCACCUGUCCGUGUCGCAACUAGUGUGUGUCGGUGUGUGUGUGUAGAGUGUUUGCGCGUGCGUGCGUGUUUGUCCUGGGGAAGUGUUUGGUUUAAUUUGGGGGAUUCUGUUCAUGGUUUGUUUGAGCCCUGCUUCUGUUAACCCACUGGCAGGAGGCCUUUUCAUAGCUGCGGAUAACCAGUGGGCUAUCACUAGGGUUGCCAACCGUCCCGUAAAAUACGGAAUCGUCCCUUAUUUGGCAAUUAAAUGUUGCGUCCCGUAUUGAACCAAUACGGGACGCAAUUUGUUCCGUAUUUCCAUAAAUUUCCAAUACACAUGUCUGUCACACACACAAAUACUAAAUCUAACAAUAAUGAUCAAAACAAAACACAGGGAAUACUACGGUCAGCAAAAUUGUCGCGGCGGGAUCUACGCAAGACCCGCUCCGGUCAUCUGUGUGUCUGCGCAUGCGUGUGGUGGUCACGGUUGCCUAGCGACAGACACCACACACCGGCGCUGCUCACAAAACCCGCGCCUUUUAAAAAUGCCCACUACACCCGGUACUCCACCACGUCCUCAAAAGCGUAAACGCUUGCAGAAGUACGGACGUGAGUGGGAAGACGCACAUCCUUGGCAGCGUCAAUGGAGGUGUUUACAAGGCAAGUUGUAAAAUAUGUCGACGAGUGUUUUCAGUGGCGCACGGUGGGCUGUCUGACAUCAGACAGCAUGCAACAGGAGAGCAACACUGCAGACACGAAAGAUCACAGAAGACCCAUAAGCGUCAGUGUCACAGUUCUUCAUACCCCAAUCAUCUCCUGAGGUUGAUACGGUAUGGGACAUUAUGUUGUGAUUGAUUUCCUAUCUGGUUGUGCUUUUGCCAGAACAUCGCAGUGCAUGGGCAGAGCCUAUUUUAGUAAACUUUUGUGGUUUGAUUGAUUGUUUAGGAUGUUGAGUUUUAAAAGUCGAAUGAACGACCAUUUAUUUAAUAUACAGAAGUAUAUAAAUAUUAUAUAUGGCCAUUUAAAGAACAAAUCAUACUAAUGGAUUAACAGUUAAUAAAUA